AUGGCUGAGGUGGUAGAUUCAGGCCCGGUCGAGCCGCAGGCCCGGCAUGUCGUGUAUUGUGGAGUGUGUACUCUCCCCCCCGAGUAUUGCGAGUUUGGAGGAACGGCCAAGAAAUGCGAGGAGUGGCUGAAAGACGAACACGACGACCUGUGGACUCGGCUCUACUCUGACGAUGCGUUGAACGCCAAUCUCUCCACCCUCUCCGUCUCCGCCCAAGAGCGUGCCGCAAAGGAUGCCGCAAAGAAAGAGGCCAAGGCGGCACAGAACGAAGCCCGCGAUGCCGAGCGCAAGGCCGCGUCCAAGAUUCAGAUCAAGCGCGUGGAGCGGAACAAGCGCAAGCACGUGACGGUCAUUUCGGGGCUGGAGAUCUUCGGAUUCGAGAACAAGAAGCUGGCCAAGGAGCUGGGCAAGAAGUUUGCGACGGGGUCGUCCGUCACUCGAUCCGCCGCCGGGACGGAGGAGAUCACGGUGCAGGGCGACGUGAGUGAGGAUGUGAAGGAGUGGCUGCUGGAAGUCUACGGUAGCAAGGUGCCCGAGGCCAACAUCGAGCUCAUCGAGGACAAAAAGAAGAAGAAGAGCGAGGCAUGA